AUGGAGAUUGGAGUUUUUACAAGGGCCCCAGUGGAAGGGUCCUUUGCUAUCAAACUUGUGACUGCUGGGGGGAGAAGUAGAGUUAGCCUGUCUGACACAGAGAAAGGAGGCAAGGAAAAGAAAGUUCUGAGCUGUGCCAGUGUAGUGACAAAAAACUACCAGCAUGUCCUGGCCUUGGUGUUUGCGAUGAAGGAGAUAAAUGAGAAUCCCAGGAUUUUGCCAAAUGUUACAUUGGGAUUUCAUAUCUAUGACAGCUACUUCAAUGAGAAGUUGACAUUUCAAACAACUCUGAACCUUCUUUUUAGCCAGAAAAGGACAGUCCCCAACUAUAAGUGUGGCACACAGAAGACUCUGAUAGCAGCCAUUGGGGGACUUGACUCUAAAAUCACUCUUUACAUGGCCACCAUCUUAAGCAUCUACAAGAUUCCUCAGAUCUCUUAUUACUUGUUUGGUCCUUCAAGCACUGAAACCCAUUUCCCUUUCCUAUACCGAAUUGUUCCAAAUGAAGAGAAUCAGUACCAAGGAAUCGUCCACCUCCUUUUGCAUUUCCAGUGGACAUGGGUUGGGAUUGUCAUGCUGGAGGAUGAUAGAGGAGAGAAUUUUCUGCAGAUCUUGAUGCCAAUGCUUUCAGAGAAUGCCAUCUGUACUGCAUUCAUUGACAGAAUCCCAUUGCUGACAGACUUCUCUGAAAUAAUUGAUGCACAUGGAAAAACAGUAAAUACACUCCAACUUGUCAACAACAACGCAGUAAAAACACUUAUUCUAUAUGCAGAGACACAGUUCUCAUUGUUUUUUAUAUUCUUGAUGUACCAAGUAGAGAUAGAUGAUAAGAUAAAUGUGACUCUAGGCAAAGUGUGGAUUAUGACAGCCCAAUGGGAUUUCCCAGCCAUAGAGUUUCACAAAAGAUUUGACAGACAAGUCUUCCAGGGAGCUCUAUCUUUUGCAAUUCACACCAAUGUGGUGCAGGAAUUCCACAGUUUCCUUCUGACAGUAAAUCCUUACUCACAGCAUGGCGACAAUUUUAUCAGGGACUUUUGGGAGCAGGCUUUCAGCUGUUUAUUUACAGAUCCAUCUGUGGCUGGAGAGAGCACUGGUGCCUGCACUGGGAAGGAGAAGCUGGAGAGCCUUCCUGGGCCAUUUUUUGAAAUGAGCAUGACUCCACAAAGCUACAGUAUAUACAAUGCUGUCUAUGCCAUAGCUCAUGCUUUAGAUGCCAUGGACUCCUGGAAUCAAGUGCACACAGCAGUGACAGCUGUUCGAAAUCCACAUCCAUACCAGGUACAACUUCAGAAUCCAAACGUCUCUACAGACAUGAACACAAUGUUUCUACUAACACUUCACCGUUUCUUGAGGAGAAUCUCAUUUAACAACAGUGCUGGGGACCUGGUGUCUUUGAAUGAGAAAGGUGAAUUGGAAAGCGGACUUGAUAUUAUAAAUUGGAUUACUUUCCCAAAUAAAUCUUUCUCAAGGGUGAAAAUAGGAAGGAUGGAUCCAUGGACCUUAACUGACAGAGAGUUCAUGAUCAAUGAAGAUGUCAUCACAUGGCACAGCAUGUUUAACCAGAUGCAUCCCCGCUCCGUUUGUAAUGACAACUGCCAUCCAGGUUCGGUUAGGAAAAAGAAGGAGGGGGAGCCAUUCUGUUGCUAUGAUUGUGACCCAUGUCCUAAAGGAAAGAUUUCUAAACAAACAGAAAUGGACAGUUGUAUCAAAUGUCCAGAAGAUCAGUAUCCAAAUGGAGACCAAGAUGGAUGCCUUCCCAAGGUUUUGCACUUUCUGUCAUAUGAUGAUGCUUUAAGCAUUAAUUUAAUUUUCAUGGCACUUUCAUUUUCUGUCAUCACUGCUUUGGUAUUAGGGAUAUUCAUUAAACACCACAACAGUCCCAUUGUCAAAGCCAAUAAUCGGGGUCUAACCUACACUCUGCUUAUUGCCCUCCUGCUGUGCUUCCUCUGCUCCUUGCUCUUCAUUGGCCAGCCUCAGAAAAUAACUUGCCUUCUACGACAAACUGUUUUCGGUCUCAUCUUCACCAUGGCUGUUUCUUCUGUGUUGGCAAAAACCAUCACAGUGAUUUUGGCAUUCAUGGCCACACGACCAGGAUCCAGGAUGAGGAACUGGGUAGGGAAAAGACUGGCAGCUUCUAUUGUUUUCUCCUGCACCGUCAUUCAAGGAGCUCUUUGUAGUGUGUGGCUCCUUACUGCUCCUCCAUUCCCCCAUUUGGACAUGGACACUUUGGCUAAAGAAAUUGUGGUUGAAUGUAAUGAAGGGUCUGUCCCUAUGUUUUAUUGUGUUCUUGGGUACCUGGGAUUUCUGGCUCUUGUCAGCUUUGUUGUGGCUUUUCUUGCUAGGUCUUUGCCUAGUACUUUUAAUGAAGCCAAGUUCAUCACUUUCAGCAUGUUGGUGUUUUGCAGUGUGUGGGUCUCUUUUGUUCCUACUUAUCUGAGCACAAAGGGAAAAUACAUGGUGGCUGUGGAGAUCUUCUCUAUCUUAGCCUCUAGUGCUGGUUUAUUGGGUUGUAUAUUUGCCCCUAAAUGUUAUAUAGUUGCCCUGAGGCCUCAGCUAAACUGCAAGGAACAUAUAACAAGGAGAAAUAACUAA